AUGUGUCGGGCCGACAAUUAUCCGCCCCGUGCGGUAUACUCGCUCUAUACGCACCUCCCCAAACCUCGAUUACCUUGGAUUCAGUGCGACUUUGGUGCGACUUUCUUAUUGCAGUUUAAUACCCUAUUCUGUGUACAGCCGGAGCAAAGCUUGAAUUAUUUUGUUCCCCUCAAGCAAUCUCUACGUAUUCAAUUUCUAAUGUCCGCCCCUGAGCCCGCUGCUGCGGCGGCACCUGCUCCCGGCGCAGAGACGCAUCACACGGUGCUUGACGUUGCGAAGCUACACAGCCUCCCAUCCGAACAACAAGACCUCUACGUGCUCACCUUUACCUCCGACCUCGCCCAACAUGUGUCCGGCCUCACGAAGGAGGAAAUCACCGUCGAACAAGCGCUCGUCAAGGAAGAGCUGUUUAAGAUUCUCAACCUCAGCUCCCCCACUAUCACGCGAGUGAUCCGCAACAACCUGGCCAAGUGCUUUGGGACAAUUCUCGGGAAGGGGGAUAGGAUUCCGUUGUAUGACACAGUGUUGGAGUUGCUUAGCUUGGUCAAUGGCGGAAAGGGCGUCGAGCUCAAGACCAAGUUGGCUGCUGCUCACUGCUUGGGGGAAGUGUUUGCCAGUGCUGGCGACAGCGCUUACAGCCAGGCGCCUGCUGCUGUCACAGGGCUGUUUAAGCUUCUAAAGGCAGGCAGCAACCAUGCCGGGCUCCGAGGCUCAGUUCUGGCCGCAGUGCGAAAAGUGAUUGGAGGACUUGGAGGGCCUAUCGAGGAGCAAAUAGCUCGAGACAUAUGGAAACAAGCGCGAAGUGCAGCUUCUACCGACAAGUCCGCGCUUGUCCAGAUCAAUGCUUGUCGGUGUCUUGAGCAGCUUUUGGCAACAACGACGUACUUCGAUAACCAGAACGAUUUCGACAACCUCAAAACCCUUAUUUGGAAAAUCAUUGACAGUCCGAUUGCGCCGGUGAGACAUGCCGCCGCUUCGUGUUUAGCAAAAGCCCUGGUUAAGAGCUACUCGUCCCAAGCUGGAGUCGAGUUAUCAGCAAAGGCUAAAAAGCUGAAGAGGCAAUCGAAGAAACCACCUCCAAAAAAGGGCGACGAGGACGAAGAUGAACCGGCAGAACAAGAGUCUCCUGCCCUCAGUAAAAAGGCCGAGUCGCGCAUGUUGCUUUCACUUCCCGAUAUUUUGUCCCAGCUUGCUUCACAGUACGUGCGAAAUUCUACAAGUAACCGAGUUAGAGCCGGCAUCGCGGUUUGUUACAAGUCUGUCAUUCGGAACUUGGGAGACAAUGUCGUCGAAGAAAGAUACAGUCAAAUCGCCUCCCAUCUACUCAUUACUCUAGUCAACCACCCAACAGUAACGUACAGUCGGUUUCGCCUCCUUAUGACCAGGAAAUUCAUAAGAAUUAUCCUUGAAGAAACAAUUGGUCACGAAAUAUUGCGGGAGACUAGCCAGCUGAAUGCAGCAAAUUGGUUAAUCAACGGCAUUUUGAAAGACUAUCCUCAAGUCAUCCAGGAGAGACGCGAGCCAAGCAAACAUACUCUCACCAGCACUCUUAGUGCACUCUCGUCGUUGAUAUCAUCUCUUGGCUCAGCCGUGAAUUCACUUGGCGAUGCUUGUCGCGAAGCGCUUAUUCAAGUUUUGCCUCAUCCCAGCUAUACUGUACAGGUCCAAACAGCCCAAUGCCUACGUAAUUUUGUUCUAGCAUGCCCAAGCCAGCUUAUAUCGUGUGUUACCAUCUGUUCCAACAGCUUGAACCGAGAAAUUGGACAGCUAGUUACACCACGUUCGUCCUCUCGGCGAUGUCUGGGGUUUGCGAACGGUUUAUCUGCCAUGCUGGGAACUUCUCGGUUGCAACCCCUUUAUGGAUCCGUUGAUGUUUUUUCACGUGUGCUAUCACAGGCGACUGAUCUCCUCAAGAAUAGUGGUGGCUCUGAACUGCGUGUUGCUAGCACUCAAGUUCAAGUCGCGUGGAUUCUCAUUGGAGGCUUGAUGCCUCUUGGACCUAGUUUUGUCAAAAUCCACUUGUCUCAGCUGAUGCUGCUGUGGAAAAAUGCUCUGCCUAAACCUUUGGGCAAGGCGAAUACCGCUGAACGAGGUGCCUUGGAGACAAGUUUCCUUGCACAUGUUAGGGAAUGUGCUUUAGGGUCAAUUCUUUCCUUCCUUGAAUUCAACGGCAAAUUGAUUACCGUGGAUGGAGCUAGACGUUUGGCUACGAUGUUGCAAAACACAGUUGCUUUCUUGGAUGAUGUAACUCUGCCAAAGACAUCGGAAGACAUUUCGCAACGCCUCUCUCCUUCCUUGCAGUUGCACGAUUACGUUGUCAUGGUCCGUCGCCGUGUGCUUCAAUGCUUUACAAAACUGGUGAAGCUUAACCAGACCAGCCAUGCCGAGAUAAUGUCUCAGUCUAGUCUUCUCAGCCUGGCUAUAUCGUCUUUCGCAGACCCGGAUCUCACACUGGCUAGCCCUACUGAAAGUUCGAUUGCCGCUUCGACUGGGCAAUUCGAGAGCCUCUGGGAUCUCUGGGACAACUUCGGUUUCGGACUCACUGGUCUCGCCCGAGAUUAUGUCAACGAAACAUUGGUUGGAAAGCGUGCUGGACGAAGCGCUCCUUGGAUCGCUGACGACUCGAAAGAUCAGGACAUUGACGAUGUUUUGAACUUCCCCACCGGCCAAGCUAGUGAACAUGACUCUGUCCUCCUUUACAGCAAGCAAGAUAACCAGUCUGCUUUUCACACAGAUCCUCCGGCAAUAGAAGUGGUCAACACUGCUAUAGAACUUUUUGCCGUCGCUCUUCCACUGCAAACUCCUAAAGUGCAAGAAAGUAGCGUCGAACAAAUUGCCACCCUCCUAUCAUCUCACACCUUGCAGAGGAAUCCAGGCCGCAAGGCUGCCAUGUCCAUCAACAUUGCCAUAGCUCUAUUGCAUACUCUUAAAGUUGCGGUUAGAGAAACCCCUUCUCUUCCUGGUAAUUUGGAUCUGUCCACAGGCAAGAUUAUGCAAGAGCUUUUACAGAAAUUCGUCAUGGAUCCUGAUGCAAUAGUUCGAACUAUUGGAUUUGAAGCUCUCGGAAGGCUUUGUAAUAGCGCCGGAAAUGCAUUUACUAAUACCCAAAUCAACUGGCUUAUCGAUACUAUUGUUAAAAAUCGCGAGCCGAAUGCACGUGCAGGAUGUGCUGCCGCUCUAGGAUGCAUACACUCACAGGUUGGUGGCAUGGCCGCAGGCUUUCAUUUAAAAACUAUUGUUGGAGUUCUCAUGUCGUUGUGCAAUGACCCCCACCCAGUCGUGCAUUUCUGGGCUCUGGAUGGUCUAGAAAGAGUGGCAGAAUCUGCCGGGUUGACCUUUUCGGCCUACACUUCAAGUUCGUUGGGUAUGCUAGCCCAGCUAUACAUUGCAGACUCUCACAACGAGGAAGCAGCCUCGUUGGCAACUUCAAAUCUUGAGAUUAUAUUCCCCACAGCUCUCAUAAUUAGCCGUGCGGUAGAUUCGCUUAUCAACGUCUUGGGCCCCGAUUUGCAAGAUAUUACAAAGACACGCAAUCUCAUAUUGACUCUAGUGCGUCAAUUCCAGCUUGAGGAAUCCUCAGCAAUGACUACUCAAAGCUCUCGGUGCUUGGAUCACCUCUCGUUAUAUGCACCAUCACAUGUAGACUUUUCUGCAUACGUCAAACGCUUGCAAACCGAACUCGCAUCAAAGAGCCCAUUGAUGCGCGAGGCGGCAACCCGUGGGCUGAGCAACUUGAUGAAACGAGAUGCGGAGUUAGUUCUCAGUACACCGGAAUCUACUUUGGAGGAUGGGGUUUGGCUUGCCUUUGAUGACUCGCCCGAAAGUACAACCCUACAAAGCUUGAUUCGCAAUUGGCUGCAACAAACUGGCCUUUCACAUACAGAGCUUUGGGUUCAACGCUUCCAAAAUGUACUCACCAAAACUCGUGGCAAGGUGGAAGACGCUCCUAAAAAGACAAUGCGUGUGGCCACUGUAUCGGAGCUUCCAGAUGACGAAGUAGCUGGGUUUGCCUCAGCUGUUGCCGGGGGAGAUCAAGAGGACGCAGACACCAACGUUACUGCCGGGCAAGAGCUGCUGAAAUGGCAAACCCGAAAUUUUGCAUUGAGCUGUCUUAGUGAGCUACUCUCCAUGGUCAAUGACCAUAUAUUGCCAGACCAGACCAUUCCCGCAGAAGCAGCUCUUCAACAGAAGAUUGGCGACAUUGUACGGAUAGCUUUCUCUGCUUCGACCGCCAAUGUCAUAGAGCUCAGAGUUUGGGGUCUCAAAAUACUCGACCAGAUUCUCAAGAUGUUUGGCAAAACUCCUGAUCCAGAUUUUUCCGAGGCAUCUCUGCUCGAACAAUACCAGGCACAAAUCGGCUCGGCCUUGACUCCAGCAUUUGCAGCUGAUUCCUCUCCCGAUUUGGCCUCGGAAGCAAUCAAUGUGUGUGGCACGUUUGUUGCUACCGGUAUUGUCACAAAUGUGGAUCGUAUGGGCAGAAUUUUCCGACUUCUUGUAGUUGGUCUGGAAAACUUCACAAAAAAUCCGGAUGUUACGGAGAUUGGCGACCUGAAAGGUCUCAACUCAAAUGCAAGGGUCAUGGUAAAGAUGGCACUUUACUCGGCCUGGGCACGACUACAAAUGGCAAGCUUGGAGCAGCCUUAUCUAGUCGAGAUUGUGAAACCGUAUACAGCCAUGCUCACGCCACUCUGGCUGUCUUCCCUGCAAGAAUUUGCUCGGCUGCGUUUUGAGCCUGACAUUUCCGGCAGUCUCGGCACUCCAUCGACAGGAAAUCUCGACGAGGUUUAUGCAGCCCUCAACAGAGAAACCCUCCUUAACUAUUACCAAGAUUCUUGGUUGAAUCUCGUCGACGCCAUUGCGAGCUUGGUUGAGAAAGAUAGCGAUUUCGUUUUCGACGCUCUGGACAACAAAUCCAUGCAGGAUCAAGAUGAGCAGAAAACCGAGGCCAACGGAGAAGUUUCUCGAGGAAAGGGUGAUAACAUCAAUUAUCGCGAUGAACCCGUCGCCUUCUUUUUUGUGCUUUUCGGUCUUGCGUUCGAAGCUCUGGUCGAUCAGUCCAUAACCCCUCUUCAGAGACUGGAGAUUCUCCAGGCCUUAAAGAAGAUACUUCGACCUACAGUUUCCGGCAACGCCGUAUACCAAGACGCCGUGUUUUCGGAAACGAUAGACACUCUUGAUCGUCUGGUACUAACAGAAGGUUACAACAUUCAAACGGUCAUUGUAGAAACGGCUAGAAAUCUGUCGUUGGAUCACCCAGCAGCCCAGGCUGGCCAGGACCGCGUUGAAAAUUUGUCUGAUGAUAUCGAGCAGCUCUUUGAGCUAACAAGGAACAUCAUCCUUGUCUUGGCUGGCUUGUUGCCAAACUUGAGUGAUGCAAGCUCUCGCACAUUCAACGUUACCUCAGAAGAUUCUCUUGUUCUAAUCCGUCUCGCUUUGUCCUCGCUGGUUGAUGUGGCCUCGGUAUUCCCGGAGAUCAUCCGGCAUGACCUCCAUGCUUGCAUUUUACACAUUUUCAGCACUGUUCUUGCAACUGGAAUCUGUCAAGCGGAAGUCGUUCCACAUGCUCUCCCAAUAUUCCGCCGAUUUAUCCAAGGUGUCAGUCCGAAAGAUGCACCAUUAACCGAAGCAGUCUCAUUGCAAAUGCGAGGGUGUCUUACUCGUUUCCUGACGACACUCACAAUAGCUCAACGCCGGGAAUCAGAGACGUCCCUGCCCUGUGCAAAGAAUACCCUUCUCGCCAUGACUAUAGUCCUCACCACGACUAGCCACGCUCUGCCACCUCACGACCCUGUUAUUUGCAAGGUCCUUGACGAAUUCCUGGACUGCCUGCAGGAUGUUGGCCUUGCCAGUGUUGCUGCAGGAUGUAUUCGGUCCGUGCUUCUGAACCCUGGGCCAAGAUCUGCAACAGAUUCGUUGAUUGCACGCUAUCUGUUCCCAAGGCUCAUCGCAUUCGUAUCUGCGGUGCCUGAUGAUAGGGGCGAGCCUCCGAUUGACCCGGAGAACUCGCGCACGGCAAUUGCGCAUACACUGGUCCUGUUCAUCAGUAUUCCGGCAGCGGUACCAAGGACUCAGUUACCGACAGCCGUGCCUUUGGUCGUCGCAGCUCUUCUCGCGCGUGCCAGAAGCGAUGGGGCCUCGGUAUAUCGGGACACGGCUGUUCGACUACUGGAGAUAGGCAAGUUGGACGCGGUGCUGUUCCGCACCCUGUUAGCUCGCAUGGAACCAGAACAAAGGUCUCUUGUUGAAGAGAUCCUACGUAGCGCAGAGACAAGCUCUUCGGCCAAGGUUGUGGAUUCCGAGGCUGAUGGAAGGAAAGCUGCCCCAACUAUCGCUCUUCGUAUGGACUUUUGA